GCCAAGGAAAAAGACUUGUUUCAUUUAGAGAAACUCCGCAGACCCGAGAGGACGAUGGCAGGUUCACCGGACCAGGAAGGCUUCUUUAACCUGCUGAGCCACGUGCAGGGUGACCGGAUGGAGGAGCAGCGCUGUUCCUUGCAGGCUGGACCAGGCCAGACUCCAGAAAGCCAGGGUAGCCCUGCUCCAGAGAUGGACAAUCUCAUGGAUAUGCUAGCCAACACCCAGGGCCGACGCAUGGAUGACCAGCGGGUAACAGUCAAUUCCCUGCCCGGCUUCCAGCCUAUUGGUCCCAAGGAUGGAAUGCAGAAACGGCCUGGGACCCUCAGUCCUCAACCCCUGCUCACCCCUCAGGACCCUGCCGCACUCGGCUUCCGCAGGAACAGCAGCCCCCAGCCCCAGACACAAGCUCCUUGAGAGUUCUAGCCAUCCUGGGCCCUCCCACUGGCCCCUGAGAACAAUAAAAACUUGGCACUAGCAAUAAACAGUUGAACGUGU